AUGGCUCCUCCACCGGCCAUUAGGCCUGAAAACAUUAUCAAGACUUGUGAGCACUUGGUGAAGAUCAACAACAGUGAUGAAGCCUUGGAUAUCUUGAAAGAAUUUAUCAGUUCUAGAAAAUUCAAGUACGUGUCUGCUCCUGCUGCCGAAUCUAUUGGUUUAUUGUUUGUUCAAUUAUGUGUGGUCAAGAAAGAUUCAAAGCUUGCCAAAGAAGGGUUGUUCAGUUACAAGAAAAAUGCCCAAACCAUCACCAAUGGGUUGGAAACCGUUGGAUCAGUGGUCAAGAGAUAUGUACAAUUGGCGGAAGCGAGCUUAGAAAAAGCUAAGGCUAAGGCUGCCGAUGCCAAAUCUGAAGAAACUAUUGGUAACUUGGAUGAUGAAGAUGACAAAUCCCCUGAAGCUUUGUUGUUAUCCAUCGUUUCCGACGAUAACCACAACGACAGAUCUGACAGAGAAUUAUUGACUCCUUAUUUGAAAUUUAUGUACGACGUCUACAAGUCUUCUUUGGACAUCAUCAGAAACAUCAAGCAAUUGGAAGUCAUUUACUGUACCAUUGUUAACCACAGUUUCAAGUUUUGUGAAAGCUUCCAAAGAAAGCUUGAAUUCAAGAAGUUUAGUGAAUUGAUCAGAAUUCAUUUGCAAUCCAUUAAUUUCUACGCCAACAACCAAAGUCACAACUCCAUCAAUGCUUUGAACCAAAUUGACUUGAACAACCCUGCCACUUUGGAAAGAUUCUUGCAAUUGCGUUUCAACGGAUUGAACAUCGCCGUGCAGUUGGAAUUGUACCAAGAAAGUUUCAAGAUUGUCGAAGAUAUCCACACUUUGUUGGUAUUGUCCAAGAGACAAGCCAAGCCAAGCAUGAUGUUGAACUACUAUGAAAACUUGGCCAAAAUUUUCAAUGUUUCUGUCAAUACUUUGUACAGAUCUGUUGCUUGGUUGAAAUUCUUCAACUUGUAUUCUCAAUCUCAAAAUGCCACUUUGGAAAACUUGAAAAAUUACGCUUCGAUUAUUGUUUUGUCUACUUUAUCCAUCUCUGAAUCUUUCAGUGAAGGUUACAAUGAAAACAACGAUGAAGAAAAGAACAAAUUCAACAGAUUGUCCAGUCUUUUGAACUUGGCCAAACCUCCAACCAGAAACUCUAUGAUUAGUGCCAUCAACAACCCUAACUUCAUGAAGUUUGUCGAUGAUGAUUUGAAAUCGGUUUUCAACUACUUGGAAAAUGAUGACUUUAACCCAUUGUUCAUCCAAUCAGAAUUGGUGCCAAUCUUGUCCCGUAUCUACGAAACCGGCAGAUUCAAAGUUUUCUUUAAUGACUUGUUGAACACUAUCUUGGUUAAGAUUUUCAAACAAGUUUCCAAAAGUUACAGCAACAUCAAAUACGAUUACUUGAUCGAGUUGGCCACUUUCAAAGACACCAAAUUCGCACUUUCCAGCGUUGCUGUGGAAAAUCUUUUGAUCACUUGUGGCAAGAACCAAUUAAUUGGUAACUUUAGCAUUGAUCAUGAUGCCAAUAUCAUUUAUUUCAACAAUAACCCAUUCACCAGCGGUAAUGAUUCUAUCAAGCAGCAAUUGUCCCAAUUGUCUAACACUUUGUUGAGAUCAUUGUACAACACUGAUAGUUCAUUGAUUGAAAAACAAGAAGCCCAAAGAUCUAAGGCUAUUGAAACCGCUAAUAAGGAAAUUGCUAAAGAAAUAGAAGAAAUGGAAAAGAGAAGAGAAUUAUUGGAAAAGAGAAAGGCUGAAGAAGCAGCAGAAGAAGCCAAGAGAGCAGAAGAAGCCAAGAAGUUGAGAGAAGAAAAGAUUGCCAAUGAAAAGAAGGCCGAAAAAGAAAGACAAGAACAAGAAGCUCAAAGAAGAUUGGAAGAAGACCAAGCUAAGGAAAGAGAAGAAAUUAGAAUGAAGGAAAAGAUCAAGGUGGCUGAAGAAAUCAACAAGGCAGGUAUUCUUGACAUUGACAUGACGGAAUUGAAGAACAUGGAAAUUGAUGACUUGAAGAAAUUGCAAAUCGAGAAAUUGACUGAGGAUCAAAGGGACACUCAAGAACGUCUCAAGGCGUUGUUCAAGCGUAAUGAUCACUUGGAAAGAGCUUUGAGAAAGUACGAAUUGAAAUUUUUGGAAGAAGAUCGUAAGGUUCAAAAGGAGAAGGAUCUUGAAGAAUUUGGUAAGAUGAAGGCCAGAUUGAUUGAAAAGGCCAACAAGGAACACGAAGAAUCAAUCAAGUUACGUGAUAGAUUGAAGAGAAUUGUUCCAUCUUAUGAAUCUUACAGAAACAAGAUCGAUGCUACUCACGCCGAACAAAUUAAGAAGUUGAAGGCUGAAGCAUCUGCUAAGUUGGAAAAGGAAAAGCAAGAAAGAAUUCAACAAUUGAAGGAAGCUAAAUUGCAGCAAAUGAUUAGAGAACGCGCCGAAGAAGCCGAAAGACAACGCAAGGCUGAAGAAGAUGCUAAGAUCCAAGCUAAGCUAGAGCAAGAGGAAAAGAAGAAGUUGGAAGCCGCAGAAAAACUCAAGAGUGAAAUGGCCGCACAAAGACAAAAGGAUGCUGACUUGUUGGCUAAACAACGUGACCGUGAAGCGGAAAUUGAAAAAAUGCUUGCUGAAAAGAACAAAUCUUUCAGCUCUGGGGAAAAAUACAGGGUCAACAGAAGUGCCAGUGGUGGUUCUUUCAGACCAGAAUCCAGAAGUGGCUCAGCUGGUGGUGCCAGAUCCUUUAGUGGUAGUGCCAGCAGUUCUCCUAAACCAGAAGAGCCUGCUACCGAUAAACCUCUUACUUAUGCUGAAAGAAUGAGAUUGAAGCGUCAAGGUAGAUUGUAA